CAUCCCGAAGUUUGAAGUUUUCCGAAGUCUAUUCCACGAAGUGCGUUCUUUAGCGCAUUUGCACCUCGGUUAAGAAUUUUCGUCAACAUUUUACGUAGUUUAAUCUUAUCUUAAGUGCAUAUAAUUAAUAACAAUUACACGAAACUGUAGCCACAGCUACUUGUAAAUACAGUGUACAUAGCGAUGAGCUCACAAACUCGUACGACUGGCGGUAGCCGUCCGUCGAAGAAGACCAACAAUGUAUCUGGAUCCGCUAAAACAGUGACCAUUACCAAGAAAACAGAACAUCCAAAACCAGAAAAGGAUAAAGUUCAUGUUAAACCAACAGCAGAACAGAUUCGUAUCGCUCAAAUCACAGACAUCAACAGUGGUUCAGAGGAUCCGAAAAUGCGUGAGAAAGUUGCUAGUCUGAUGGAGACUACUCAUCGUUCCGAGGAAGAUGUUUGUUGUGCGUUGUAUGAGUGUGACAAUGAUUUGGAUCGUGCCGUCAUAUUUUUGUUUGAAACUCUUCCUGUUGGGGCGUUUGAGACGUCGUCCAAGAAGAAAAAGAAUCGAUUGACUAGUGGAAGUGGAGACGCUACUGGUGACGAAUGGGGCGACAAUGGAACAUCAGGACCGAAUAACAAUGAUGUUCGUGAACGGUCACGCAACCGCACUGGCAUGCGUGGGGGUCGUGGCGGUUCAGAUAGUCGUGGAUGGAGAGGCAGAGAGUCACGAGAAAAUGACCGAAAUGCAUCAGAUAAUAGGGGAGAACGUGUUGAAAGAUGGCAAGGAGGCAGUCGUGGAAGUGGACGAGGUGGUUUUCGCGGCGGUUUCGGAAGUCGUGGAGGUCGUGGCGGAAGAGGUGGUUCAAGGGGAACUAAUCGUGAUAAUAAUCGCAUAUUUAGACCCGAAGAGAAUCACGAGGUUGAAACUUGGAACAACAGUCUUGUUACUGCGACUGUUGAUCAAAAUAAAACCGAAGAUUGGGGCGGAGACUGGGACAACGACGAAUACACUGAGUCAUUGGCUGACAGCAAGGUAUUCACGCCGAGUGUCAAUCAAAACCAAACGGUAGAAUUAUCUGCUCCGCCUGGUCUUGAACAGCAACUACUCAAUCCGCCGUCCCAACUGACUGAUGAUUUGGUGCAGUAUAGUGCAACGGUUGUGUCAAGUACUGCUACAGCAGGUGCUGUGGCUGCAGUGAACAACAACCAGGUGCAAUAUCCCGAAAUUCACGGUUCGUCGGUAGCUCUGCGUCAGGCACUGGAUUUGCCGCAAAUAAAUGCAUCUUCACUAUCGGUCGAGCAAUCUCAGUAUUUCAAGUCGCUAUCUUCUCAAAAUUCCAACCAACAAGCAUCUAUGAAUGCCUAUCAGGUGCCACAGCCUGUGCAAUAUUCGACCAGUUACUCGAGCAACAAUAGCUACGUUGACCAAGUGGUUUCAUCCCAGCAAGCACCAACUCGAAAGCCUCGAGCAAGAGUGCCGCCUCCAUCUAAAAUACCGUCAACUGCCGUUGAAAUGCCUGGUGAUACUUUAAACAACAUCGGUUAUCUGGACGUUCAGUUCGGUCAACUUGAGUUCGGCAAUGAAGAAGCAUUUGACGCCAUUACGGAUAAAUUCAAUGCGACAAUCGACAGCUCGCAGAGCGUUACUGGUGAUGUUACGACUGACUACCAAACUAAAUCGUCCGUACAACAGCAGCAAAAUGUUUUGGCAUCGCAAAUGAUCCCAACUGCAGAUGUAUUGUCCGGCCAAAGUGAUGGAUUAUCCACGGCGUACAAUCAAAGGGGUGGUUCAGUCCAACAGUCUGUGUCUGUGGGUAGUAACAUCAGCAACAGUGCAGCUCUUGAACAAUUAGCCAAAGCUGAUCACUAUGGCAAUGCGGUCAGUUCAUCGGCAACAUCGGGCUAUCACAACCAGUCUGCUUACAAUAACAACGUGUCAAAUAGUAAGACAAGUGGAUAUCAGCCGGGCGCCAACCAGCAGGGUUACACUAAUUCCAACUACUCGCAACAAGUAACUACUGGCAAUAGUUACUCGACGGCCGCGUCGAACAGUUCGUAUAGUUCGUACAACCAGUCCGGUGUGAAUCCUUACCAGCAAAGUAACUCGAACAAUGUCAGCGGUGUGAACAGUUCGAGUGGUGUUUCAUCAAACAACUCUGUUCCAGUUGGAAGUGGCUCCAAUAAUUCCAAUUCAAAUUCGAAUUCGGGCUAUUUGUCCAGUCAGUAUCCGAGCAGUCAAACGUCGUCAACGUAUCCAUCGCAGCCGAGCAAUGCUUAUCAAAGCAGUCAGAGUGUGUAUGGUAACACUGGAUUAAGUAAUAAUACAGGGUAUGCAAAUAGUUCGAACGUUUCGUCAGCGGCGUCGCAAUACAGUAACUUCAGUAGUACAAAACUGAAAGAAACUACACCAGUUACUACCAUAUACGAGAGUGUCGUCAGUAGUGCACCGAGUGUUCUUGCGAACUCAGCAAUAACGACCAGUAGUAUGAGCUCACCGUCUCUGGGAUUGAACAAUACUAAGGUGACUAGCUCAGCAACUAAGAGCAGUGGAAUUGUUCCCAGUAAUGUUGCAAUGGUUAGUCAAUAUAUCCCAACCGGAAUGCCAUUCUAUCAGCAGCCUACUGUCUAUUCUUACGAGGAAAUUCAGAUGAUGCAACAAAGAAUGCCGCAUGUGCCUGGAUAUUAUGACAUGAAUUAUCAACCACCGACUAGUUUGGGUGCAGCUGGAGUGCGAGAUGGUAACAUUGGUUCAGUGGCCGCUUAUUCGACCAUUUCUGAUGCUCGAUUUACACGAACUGACAAUAAUUCAAGUCCUGUAAGCAAUGUUCCUAGUACGAUGUCACAACAGACUGGAUCCGGAGGGCCACUGUUAAAUCUUCCAUACGCAUAUUUCUACGGAGGGAAUAUGAUGGCUGGCGGUUUCCAGUAUGGCACACCAGCGAUAUAUCCACAACAAAUGCCUACAGCCAAUGCAUCGUCAGGCGGUCAAUUCCCUAAGCCCUCGUACAAUAGUGGCUACGGUUCAACUGCCUACGACACAUUAGGUCAAAAUACGCAAGACUAUUCGAAAGGUGCAUAUCCAGGAACCGGUGUGGGUCAACAGUCGAAAGGUCAAAAUGUGACAAAUCCACCGCCGUCUGGAACAGGAGCGGAUAUCUCUUCGUCCAUGUAUGGCAAAAGUCAUGUGGCACUGAAUAAAGUCAAUUCAUACGAUAAACAAUCUUAUUCGGCAACACCGCCACCGUUCAAUUUGACUGGAACACAAACAGCUGGAGCGAAUUCCCAAGGCUAUAAUGCCCAGCAUAUGUAUAUUCAGGCCAUGCCGCCUGCUGGCCAUCAUAUGCAUCAGCAAAUUCAGAUGGACGGCCGUGUGCAAAAUGCAUCAAGACGGGACUCGAACAGUACUGGUCAACGACAGCAAUCGAGCAGCCAAAGCAAAUCUGGAGCCAAGCCAGGCUAUUCACCGUCGUACUGGACUGCUCAAAAUUAAUUUGAUAAAUGGUUAGUUGAAUGAAUCCCCAAUUUCGAAAACAAAAACAAAAAAAUGCAGAAAUUCAUUGCAUUAUCGGGCGAGACUUUCUCAUCGUAGGUUUUGCUUGUAAUAAUUUUUAAAUGAAAAAAAAACCACAUCCACACACACAAACACAAUUUAUUUUGAAAUGAACAAGUUUUUUUUUGAUUUUAUCUACGUAAACAGCAAUUAAUCGAUUUAAAGGAAAAUAAAAUAAAUAAAAAAAAAUUAAAAUAUCA